UGGAUGGUGGGCGAAAACACGAUAAAAAAAUAAAAGUUGUUUCUGCCGAACAAAACCAAUUGGAAAUGCCAGUGUUUCAGUGACUGUGAAAAGUAUGCAGAUAAAUCCAGUUAAAAACAAGAGACGAUGCAGACUGCCAGAGCCAGUUCCUCGCAGAAACUCCACGAAUAAGAAGCCACAAACCAUGUGAUGCAGCAGCGGAGGUCGAGAGGUCGGAACACGCAGCCUACAAGUAGCUAGGUCAACCACACACAACCCCCGCACCACACACAGGCACGCAGACGCCCGGACGCGGAACCAGAAUCCACGCGACAGCCGCCAGAUGAGCUGGCUGCCGGGGCUCCUGGGCCUGCAGCUCCUGCUGCAGUUCCUGUGGCUCCUGCGGCUGCCCGGCGAGCUGCUGGCCAUUCCCACGCCGCUCAAGUUGCCAGGUUACACCCACAGGUUGACUCCCUACAUCAAACACUGGGAGGCGGCGAACUUCGAUCGCGGUGUGCUGCAGGCGGCCCAAGUCAGACACCUCGAACAGGCUCGCUUCCGGCAGAAGCGACAUGUGGAGGAGGCCAGCUCCACACCGAGUGGCUUGGCGCACACCAUUCGCUUAAAUUUCUCCGCCCACGACAGAGAUUUUCGCUUGGUGCUGCGUCAACAGCCACAUUCGGUGUUCGCCCACGACGUGGAGAUCGAGAACACACUGGGCCCCAUCGAUUACGAUGUCUCCCGCAUUUACACAGGCAGCCUGGAGGAUGACGAGGCGGCCCAUGUACAGGCUAUUCUGACCAGCGACAACCUGCUGGACGGGACGAUAGAGACUCAAGCUGAGCACUAUUACAUAGAGCCGGCGCAGCGGUACUCCCAGCAGCUGGCCGAGAGUGGUGUCCACAGCAUAGUCUAUAAGUUAAGUGAUGUAAAUAUGCAGAAGGAACAGUUUACAGGCGGAGGACUCAACUCUGCGGCGCCCGUUAAGACGCACUGCGCCAGUGAGAAACUGAGAAAGAAACGCUGGCUGCCAGAGGAGCUGGCCAUGUCGGAUGCUCCUGCGCCCACAUAUAAUCGCAAUCCGCCCCUGCCGCUGGAUUUGGAGGUGCCCUACAAUGACGACUUCCGUGUGCUGGCCUCCGAGGAGGACAAGAGCGACGAGUCGCCCAGGAAGUACCCAACAACAUCCACAACCAGAAGCACUGUGCGCAGCACGGAGAGCUUCCUGGCCACGCUGACGAAACCCACGUCGAAUCGCAACAUACUUGUAAAUAACUACAAUCCCUCCAAUGUCGGCGAGGGCAGUCGCAGCUACAGCAAUAGCAACAGUAAUAGUAAUAAUAAUAACAAUAGUGGUGGCAGCAGUAGCAGCAACAACAACAACAAUGUCCGGAAGUUGUACACGAAGCACAAGAACAUCAUUGUGAGCACGUACAAUCGACCCAUCGAACCGGAAUUCGGUACGCCCUACGAGGAACCCAACAACAAUGGCAACAGCAGCAGGGGCGACCUGCCCAGUAACUUCUUCAAUGCCAAUUGGACGACACUAUUUCUGGGUAACCAAAACAAUGGCAAUGACCGGCCAAGCCACAAGACGCACGUGGAGAUUAUUACCAAGAAUGGAGCCACCAAGAAGCCGAAUAUAAUUGUGAAUAACUAUAAUCCUGAGAUUAUAUUUGCUCCCAAUCCGCACAAUCCGAGCUUCAACAGCAUGCUGAUGACGAAUCUUCUCAGCGGUCGUGGCGAGGAUAUUCAUAGUUCCCCGCGUCUGCUCUACGAUCGCAAGACCACUUGCAUGUUGUACCUGCAGGCGGAUCACACGUUCUUCCAGAAAAUGGGCUCAGAUGAGGCAUCCAUCGAAGCCAUUACGCGGCAUGUGCAGCGGGCCAAUACGAUAUACCGAAAUACAGACUUCAACAAUGAUGGAAAGCCGGAUAACAUUACAUUCAUGAUUAAGCGCAUCAAGGUGCACAACAUGAAUGCGAUGAAGGAUCCCAGCUAUAGAUUUCCGGGAAACUAUGGAGUGGAGAAGUUCCUGGAACUGUUUUCGGAGGAAGACUAUGAUGCCUUUUGCUUGGCCUACAUGUUUACCUAUCGGGAUUUCGAGAUGGGAACUUUGGGUUUGGCCUGGACAGGUGAUCUGAAGAACGCAGGUGGUGUGUGUGAAAAGAAUGGUCACUAUAGAGGUUCCCUAAAGUCUCUGAACACGGGCAUAGUCACCCUGCUGAACUAUGGAAAGCAUGUGCCUCCCGCUGUGUCACAUGUGACAUUGGCCCACGAAAUUGGUCAUAAUUUUGGCUCUCCGCACGAUCCGGAGCAGUGUACGCCUGGUGGUGAGGAUGGUAACUUCAUCAUGUUUGCCCGCGCCACGUCGGGAGACAAGAAGAACAACAACAAGUUCAGCACAUGCUCGUUGAAAUCGAUAGAGCCAGUGUUGAAUGCCAAGGCACGUUCCAUGAAAGGCUGCUUCACAGAGCCGCAGUCAUCGAUUUGCGGCAACGGAGUGGUGGAGCCGGGUGAGCAAUGCGACUGCGGCUGGGAGGAGGAUUGCAAGGACUCGUGCUGCUUCCCCAUGUCGCGGCAGCCGCGUAUCGACGAGACUCCCUGCACCCUGACACCGCAUGCCCGAUGCAGUCCCUCGCAAGGACCUUGCUGCACCACCGACUGCAAGCUGAAGUUUGGUGAUAAGUGUCGCGAUGACAACGGCUGUCGGGAUCCUUCAUUCUGCGACGGACGGGUGCCCCAGUGUCCGCCAUCGGUGAAUAAGCCAAACAAGACCAUCUGCAACAAGGAGUUCGUCUGCUACAUGGGCGACUGCACUGGGAGUAUUUGCCUGGCUUAUGGCCUUGAAUCGUGCCAGUGUAUUCCGGGGCCCCAGGACGAUCGGAUUAAGUCGUGCGAGCUGUGCUGUAAGCUACCCGGCGAGGAUAAUCCCUGCCGCAGUUCAUUCGAGUGGAAUGAGGCUCCCUUCGAUGUGCCCGAUAUGUACUCGAAGCCGGGAACGCCCUGCAAUGACUACAAUGGAUACUGUGACGUCUUUCAAAAGUGUCGAGAGGUGGAUCCCUCUGGUCCUUUGGCCACUUUGCGAAAGCUCUUGCUUUCGGAGGAGAGCAUUGCCACCUUCAAGAAGUGGAUGCAGCACAACUGGUACACAGUGGCCCUGGCUGCCAUUGGCGUUAUCCUGCUUCUGGCGCUGAGCACAAAGCUGCUGGCGAAGCGAUCGAAUCUGAAGCUUAAAUCCGUCACCAUUAUACACAGUGCCACCACGGAGACAGUCAGGCUGCCGGAGAACAACAAUGGAGUGAUAGUACACACCGCCGUGCGGACAAAGGUUCCAUUUAAAAAGAAGGUACGUGGUGAGAGAACUAAGAAACCAGGAACGGCGACAACGGGAGCGGUGACAGGAGUGGCUGGAGUAACUGCAGCAACUGGUGUGACAUCCCGAGGAGCUGCCAAAAACAUUGUCAAUGCAGAGCCCAAGAAGACAGCACGGUCCCAGGCUAUAAACAAGAAGAAAUCCCUCGAGGAGGAGCCGAAGAAAUCGAGCAAAAAGCUGGGCAAGCACAUGAAGGAAAUUAUCGACUACUCGCACCGCAACAACAACGGCGCAGAUGAUGCCUCCAACUUGUCGACCACCAACAACCACACCAACACCUUUGGUAAGGUGCAAAAGUGGCUACUGGAAUCACCCAUUGUGGCACAACCUUUGUCCCAUAUCGAGCACAGUUCUCGGGUUCGCAAAGUGAUGAGCAAAUCGCAGUCAACUCCCGAAAGGCUGGUGCAGAAGACGCCCCAGAAGACCAAGUCCAUGGGUAAUCUGUCCAACGAGAAGGUCAAGCUACAGGUGGUGUAUAAGCCGCCCUUCAAAUUCUCCCUGCGUCUGUCUAAGAAGCCCAAGGUGAAGACCCAUGUGGUGGGCGCUGGAGUUCGACCCAAGCGAGGCCAAAAGACCAGUGCUGGCCGAGCGGCUGGACCAUCUGCCUCUGCCACCAAGGAUGCCACGACACGCGCCAAAAGGAGUGCCCUGCUGCUCUGCAACGAGGCUGAGGACGACAACCAGAUCCUCACACUCAACGAGCCCAACUAUGAGACCUUAAAGCCGCCAACGCCACCCCGUUCCAUGGAACAUUGCUACGAAAACGUGGAUAUGCAGGUCGAGGCCUCCUCAUCGAAGCCCAGCAGUAGCAGUAAAGUGGCUCCUAGCUCACAGAAUAGAGCGAGCCUCCUGGAGGCUGCUCCUCAACCAGCGCCAGUGCCUGUCCAAAGGAGCUCCUAUCGCAGAUCAAACUCUCUGUCCAACCACAAUCCCUUCGCAGCAGCUCCUCGUCGGAGCAGCAGUAAGGCCAGCGGAUCGGUGAACUUAACGCGCAACUUUGGAAGCACUCAGAAUCUGAUAAAUCUAAGUCAGAAUCUUGCCAAAACCAAAAAGCGCAGCAGCUUGAACCUUAAGGCUAGCAGUGGAGGAAACAGUGGAGCAACGAGGGGACCCAAGGAUCCACCUACAAUGGCAGUUGCUUCGCCUCAGAGACGUUCCUCUUCGAAUGCGAAUCUACGCCGGGAUAGCAGUGUCUCCUCUUCGAAGGCAGUACCCGUUCCUCCGACAAGAAACUCCCGGAACAGCUUCAGCAACAUUCCCAGAGCAAGCCUAGGAGGAGGAGGAGGAGCGAACGGUAACUCCAGUGCCACUUCAGGGCCUCCGCCCAGUUUCUCUCGCCAAUCUUCCAGCAGCACAGCGACCAGCAGCUCCUCUCUUGCUCCACCCGGAGCAGCCUUGCAACAAUCCGCCUCUACCAGCGCCAUGCAGCGCCAACCGCCCACACAGGCCACGAGGAGAAGCCUCCAAAACUUUCGGUCGCGUUCCAAUGCAGCUGGUCCACCGCCCCCAGUUGCUGGUAAGCCAGGAACAGCAGCGGGAGCACCUGCUGCUGAGAACAACGAGCUGCCCUCCGAUCUGGAGGUGGUCGUCUCCGAUGUGGAGAACCUGGUUAGCUAAGGGCAGCCGGUCCGGGUCCGGUUCCCAUUCCGAUUCCGAUUCCAGUUCCCCAAACCAACCAAGUGAAAGUGAUAAGUCUUAAUGUUAGUUAUACAAAUUGUCGCAUAGGUUUACUUGCAUACAUAUAUAUAUAUUUGUACAGACAUUACAUUAUAUAUAUGUGUACUUUACACUGCCUUAAACUUGCCGUUUCUGCUGAAUAUGUGAAUACCACGCCCACUCACCCGACACUCGGACACACAGACAACACUCAACUCAAUUCAACCGCAUUCCACGCACAUUGCCACGCCCAUAUAAAUACCCCGACCAAGACUGCAUCACAGCAGCGUCCACGGAACCAAUCACCCAAGCGCCCAACCCGCCCACUGAAGCCACUAACGCCACCGCAAUCCCAACCGCCAGCCGCACUCACCGCACUUUGUACCUUUAAAACUGUUUACUGUUAUACUGAGUAUUGUGUAAAUUUAGUUUUGGCUAAAAGUAUCAUGCUACCAGCUGCAAAUUUUGUGAGUU